CCAGAUGAGCUGACCAACGCCUUGGAGAUCAGCAACAUCGUCUUCACAAGCAUGUUCGCCCUGGAGAUGCUCCUGAAACUCCUUGCCUUUGGCCUCUUCGGCUACAUCAAGAACCCGUACAACAUCUUUGAUGGGAUCAUAGUUGUCAUCAGUGUCUGGGAGAUCAUCGGUCAGUCUGACGGAGGCCUCUCCGUGCUACGAACUUUUCGGCUGCUCCGGGUGCUGAAACUGGUGCGUUUCAUGCCCGCCCUGCGUCGCCAGCUCGUGGUCCUGAUGAAGACCAUGGACAACGUGGCCACCUUCUGCAUGUUGCUCAUGCUCUUCAUCUUUAUCUUCAGCAUUCUCGGUAUGCAUCUUUUUGGGUGCAAGUUCAGCCUGAAAACUGAUACAGGAGACACAGUUCCAGACAGAAAGAAUUUUGACUCCUUACUUUGGGCCAUCGUGACCGUGUUUCAGAUCCUCACUCAAGAGGACUGGAACGUGGUCCUGUACAACGGGAUGGCAUCUACAUCCUCAUGGGCAGCUCUCUACUUCGUGGCCCUGAUGACUUUCGGCAAUUAUGUGCUCUUCAACCUGCUCGUUGCCAUUCUGGUCGAAGGCUUCCAGGCAGAGGGUGAUGCCAAUAGGUCAGACACAGAUGAGGACAAGACAUCUGCCAACUUCGAUGAUGAUUUUGAGAAGCUAAAAGACCUCCGGGCAACAGAGAUGAAGAUGUACUCCCUUGCUGUCACCCCAAACGGACACCUGGAGGGCAGGGGAAGCAUGCCACCUCCUAUCAUCAUGCGCACGGCUGCCACGCCAAUGCCCACGCCAAAGUGUUCCCCGCACAUGGACUCAGUGCACACUUUUGUGGACUCCAGGAGAGGGAGUAACGCUUCACUAGACCCCUUGAGCUACGAUCAGAAGUCCUUGUCCAGCCUCCGCAGUUCCCCUUGCGCCAACUGGGGCACCAGCAGCAACUGGGGAAGCCGACGCUCAAGCUGGAAUAGCCUGGGCAGAGCUCCGAGCCUGAAGAAGAAGAACCAGUCAGGGGAAAGAGAAUCCUUGCUCUCCGGGGAGGGGAAAGGCAGCACGGACGAUGACUCUGAUGACGCCAAAUCCAGCACGGUCAGUAGGCCCUCGUUGCACCGCCGGGCAGAGUCCCUGGACUAUCGCAGCUCCCUGGACUUGCCCGAGCUCCCCGUGGCCGUUCUGCCAGCCGAGUACCAGGACUGCAAUGGCAAGAUGGUUCACGUCCCCAGCGAGUUCUUCCUGCGUGUCGACGGCCACAAGGAAGACGCCGCGGACUACGACGAUGACAUGGAGGAUAGUUACUGCUACCGGAUCCGGAAAUUCCUGGAGCCCUACAAACCACAGUGGUGCAAGAGUCAUGAAGACUGGUCCCUCUACUUGUUUUCCCCACAGAAUCGGUUCCGAGUGAUGUGCCAGAAGGUCAUUGCUCACAAAAUGUUUGAUCAUGUGGUGCUGGUCUUCAUAUUUCUCAACUGCAUCACUAUAGCGCUGGAGCGGCCGGACAUAGACCCACACAGCACGGAAAGGAUAUUCCUAAGUGUUUCUAAUUACAUCUUCACUGCCAUCUUUGUGGCUGAAAUGAUGGUUAAGGUGGUAGCUCUUGGCUUUUUCUCUGGGGAGAACACCUACCUGCAGAGCAGCUGGAACGUCCUGGAUGGUAUCCUGGUCUUCGUAUCUAUUAUCGACAUUAUUGUCUCCAUGGCAUCGGCUGGCGGAGCCAAGAUCCUGGGUGUCCUUCGUGUUUUGAGACUUCUGCGGACCUUGAGACCCCUCCGAGUCAUCAGCAGAGCCCCUGGUCUGAAGCUGGUGGUAGAAACCUUGAUCUCCUCCUUGAGGCCUAUUGGGAACAUUGUUCUCAUCUGCUGUGCUUUCUUCAUUAUCUUUGGGAUUUUAGGGGUCCAGCUUUUUAAAGGCAAGUUCUACUACUGUGAUGGUCCUGAUGUGAAAAACAUCACUACGAAGACUGACUGCACCAACGCGCACUACAGAUGGGUUCGGCGGAAGUACAAUUUUGACAACUUGGGACAGGCCCUCAUGUCCUUGUUUGUCCUCUCCUCCAAAGAUGGCUGGGUGAACAUCAUGUACGAUGGCUUGGAUGCCGUGGGUAUUGACCAACAGCCCAUCCAGAACCAUAACCCUUGGAUGCUUCUCUACUUCAUCUCCUUCCUGCUCAUCGUCAGCUUCUUCGUGCUCAACAUGUUUGUGGGAGUGGUGGUGGAGAACUUCCACAAGUGCCGGCAGCACCAGGAGGCGGAGGAGGCCCGGCGUCGGGAGGAGAAGCGGCUGAGACGCUUGGAGAAAAAGCGCAGGAAAGCCCAGCGCAGGCCUUACUACGCUGACUACUCCCCAGCGCGGAAGUACAUUCACACCCUCUGCACCAGCCACUACCUCGACCUCUUCAUCACCUUCAUCAUCGGGGUCAACGUCAUCACCAUGUCGAUGGAGCACUACAACCAGCCGAAG